CAUACAUCUAAACUGUCAAAUCUCAUCUUAAUCUAUAGCUUUGUUCGGUGCUAAAAAAAACACACCUCAUAUUGCCGUCAAUCUCUCAUAUUUUCAGAGAACAUAAAAAAGUUGAAAAAAAUGGGAGAAGCAGGAAAAAUGCCGGUGAUAGGAAUCGACCUUGGAACAACGUACUCAUGUGUGGCAGUUUGGCAGCGUGGUCGAGUUGAAGUCAUUCCUAACGACCAAGGUAACCGAACGACGCCGUCUUGUGUGGCUUUCAAUGAAAAUGAACGUUUUAUUGGUGAUGCAGCAAAGAACCAAGCAUGUACCAACCCUUCCAACACUAUCUUUGAUGCAAAGAGACUAAUUGGCCGAAAAUUCAAUGACAAAGCUCUACAGAAUGACAUGAAACUGUGGCCUUUCAAGAUUGCUCCUAGUGAUGAUAAUGACAAAAAGCCUUUGAUUGUGGUCAGCUACAAGGGUGAAGAGAAGGAAUUUGCUGCGGAAGAGAUAUCGGCUAUGAUCCUUUCUAAGAUGAAAGAAAUUGCAGAGGCCUAUCUUGACUCAACUGUGAAGGAUGCUGUUGUCACAGUUCCGGCUUAUUUCAAUAACUUGCAGCGUCAGGCAACAAAAGAUGCCGGAUAUAUUGCUGGACUGAAUGUCUUGCGGAUAAUCAAUGAGCCAACAGCUGCUUCCAUUGCUUAUGGCUUUGGUAAGACGUCUCAUGGAAGCAUAGAUGCCAAGAAGAAUGUGUUAGUAUUUGACCUUGGUGGGGGUACUUUUGAUGUCUCUUUGGUUACUAUCGAAAAAGAUCUGUUCGAAGUGAAAUCAGUCAAUGGGGAUACACAUUUGGGAGGAGGAGAUUUUGAUAGUAGAAUGGUUCAAUACUUCGUGGCAGAGAUUGAGAGGAAGCAUGGGAAGAACAUUGUUAAAGACCCUAAGGCUGUUGGAAGAUUAAGAGCUGCUUGUGAGAGAGCAAAGAGAAUCCUUUCUUCGGCUUCUGUGACUACUCUUGAGAUUGAUUGUCUUUUCGAUGGCAUUGAUUUUAAUUCAACAAUCACCCGUGCACGAUUUGAGAAGAUGAAUUUAGAUUUGUUUGAAGAGUGUCUAAAACCUGUUGAAAAAUGCUUGAAUGAUUCUAAAAUGGAGAAGGGUGAUGUUCACGAUAUUGUCCUAAUUGGUGGGUCAAGCAGAAUACCCAAGGUUCAGCAACUGUUGCAAGAUUUCUUCUGCGGUAAGAAUUUCUGCAAAAGUAUUAAUCCUGAUGAGGCCGUUGCUUGUGGAGCUGCUAUCCAGGCUGCAAUUUUGAGCGGUGCAGAGUACAAGGAUUUUCUACUUCUUGAGGUAACUCCCUUAUCUCUUGGCAUUAAGGUUCUCUCAGGAGAUCUGACGGUUGUGAUUCCUCGGAACACUCCAAUUCCAACAAAGAAGGAGGAAGGUUUUGAAACAUGUUAUGACAACCAAAAGACUGUUAGAGUCUGCAUCUAUGAAGGUGAGAGACCGAAAGCCAAAGACAAUCACUUACUGGGUUCGUUUGAAGUUCACGAGCUUCCACCAUUACCAGCUGGUGAUUGCAUAUUCGAUGUCUGUUUUGAGAUCGAUGUUGAUGGCAUAUUGAAAUGUUCUGCCCGGGAGCAGAUCACUGGAAAACAGAAUGAAAUUACCAUUACAAAUCAUAGUGGAAGACUGUCGAAGACAGAGAUGGAGAGGAUGCUGAAGGAUGCCGAGAAGUACAAGGUUGAAGAUGAGAAGUACAGACAAAAAGUCAAAGCUAUGAAUGCAUUGGAUAACUAUACUCAAGAUGUGAUGGUCAUGCUGAAAAACCAUGGUAAUAAGAUUGGAUUGAAAGACAAAAGGAAGAUGGGUGAUGCCAUUGAUCAGACUGUUCGUUGGCUAGAUUGGAAUAAUCUCCUUGUAGAUGGUUGUAGGUUCGAGGAUAAGAUGAAAGAACUUGAGAGCGUAUGUGAGCCCAUAAUUGCAAAGAUAAUGCAGCACCAAAAUGAUGAUGUACCAGCAAGUGACAUAAAAAUCGAAAUCAGCAGUGACAGUGAGUAAGCUUGGUUGGAAUUAAACAUGCUUAAAAAAUUAAAUAUGCUAAUGUUUUGUUGAUUGAACAGGUUGCUCUUAGACCAAUUAGAGUAUUUUGGUCUUAUAGUAUAGAUUGGUAGUAUCGAAUUGAUAAUGUAAGUGUUUAAUUUUAAUUUUUUUUUUUUGGAGGAAGUGUGUAAUUUUACUAUCUUUUAAUAUGAAACUGAUAAGCAUGAAAUUAGUGACUUAUACUUUGUUUGGUAUUUUUUUUAGUAAAAGAAGUGAAAAGAAGGGAAUAAAAGAAAAGAACUAAAGAGAAGAUAAGGUAGUUGUAGUUUCCAAUGUUUGGUAUAAUUGGUGAAUUUGAGAGGAAUUAUAUGUUUGGUUAUCAUUAGUAAAGAAAAGAAAAUGAAGGAAAUAAAGAGAACAUAGGUAAAAGCUUGUUAGCUUUUUUUCCUGUCAAAUUCCUCCGAUUUUGGGAGAAGAGGAAAAUAAGAAUUUAAGAGUAUUAUUUUCCUUCCAAUUCCUCUCCUUUCCAAUCAAACCCCUUUUAUAUUCUUUUACCAAACAUGAAAAAGUUUGUUUUUGUCUUUCCUUUCUUUUCCAUCUGCUACCAAACAAAGCCUUAGUACAAAUGUGAAACUGAUAAACAUGAAAUUAGUGUAACACUUUGUUUGGUAUUAUUUUAGUAAAGGAAAGGAAAAGAAAGAAAAAGAAGAGAAAAGAAGGUAGUUGUAGUUUUCAAUGUUUGGUUAAUUUAUGGGUUUGAGAGGAACUACAUGUUUGGUUGUCAUUAGUAAAAGAAAGAAAA